AUGUUCUCUCGAUCGGCUCAACCCGCCCGGACCCUGCUUCGCAGUGCCUCCGUGGCCCCCUCUGUCGCUCGCUCAAUCCCUACUCGAUCCUUCGCCACCGUGCAGUCCGACAUCUUCAAGCCCACCAAGUACGGCGGAAAGUACACUGUCACUCUUAUCCCCGGUGACGGAAUCGGUGCCGAGGUCGCCGAGUCGGUCAAGACCAUCUUCAAGGCCGACAAUGUGCCCAUUGAGUGGGAGCAGGUCGACGUGAGCGGUGUGGACACUGGCAACAAGCACUCAGAGGAGCUGUUCAAGGAGUCCCUGGCCUCCCUCAAGCGCAACAAGCUGGGCUUGAAGGGUAUUCUUCACACCCCGGUGGAGCGCUCUGGUCACCAGUCCUUCAAUGUCGCUCUUCGUCAGGAACUUGACAUCUACGCCUCCAUUUCUUUGAUCAAGAACAUCCCCGGAUACGAGACUCGCCACAAGAAUGUCGAUCUCUGCAUCAUCCGUGAGAACACCGAGGGUGAGUACUCCGGCCUGGAGCACCAGUCCGUCCAGGGCGUUGUCGAGUCCCUCAAGAUCAUCACUCGUGCCAAGUCCGAGCGCAUCGCCAAGUUCGCUUUCAGCUUCGCCCUUGCCAACAACCGCAAGAAGGUGACCUGCAUCCACAAGGCCAACAUCAUGAAGCUCGCCGACGGUCUCUUCCGCAGCACUUUCCACAAGGUCGCAGAGAACUACCCCACCCUGGAGGUUAACGACAUGAUUGUGGAUAACGCCUCCAUGCAGGCCGUCUCACGCCCUCAGCAGUUCGACGUCAUGGUUAUGCCCAACCUUUACGGUGGUAUCCUCUCCAACGUUGGUGCCGCCCUCGUUGGUGGCCCCGGUGUCGUUCCUGGUUGCAACAUGGGCCGUGAUGUCGCCGUCUUUGAGCCUGGCUGCCGUCACGUUGGUCUUGACAUCAAGGGCAAGGACCAGGCCAACCCUAGCGCCAUGAUUUUGUCUGGUUCCAUGCUCCUCCGCCACCUUGGCCUCGAUGAUCACGCCAACCGCAUCUCCAAGGCUGUCUACGAUGUGAUCGGUGAGGGUCAGACCCGCACCCGCGACAUGGGUGGUCAGGCUACCACUCACGAGUUCACCCGGGCCGUUCUGGACAAGAUGGAGGCAGCUCUGUAA